AUGCAAGCUAAGCAAGGGAACUUAAAGGUCCACAAAUGGUAUAGGAAGGUUAGAAAUGUGUUAUCUUAUCUUCAUAUCUACUGGAAACAUCUUCAAUCACCCAAGAUCAACUUCUCUUUGUCCUUGUUCAUUUUCUUGGCCAUGGUUUCUUCUGCUACUGAGCAGAUCGAAAAAUCCCAUGUUUCGAUCUCUAAAUUGUUUCUAAUCCGACAUGCAUGUCAAUCCACUCGGUUCCCGCUAUUAUGUGAAAGCUCUUUAGCACAACCCUCCCUUCUUCCUCCCAAACCAACCACCGUCCAAAUCAUCCAAUCCGCCAUUUCCGUCUCUAAGGACCACCUUAAGAAAGGACAAGACAUGGUGGCAGAAGUCACCGACAGCGUCCCCACCGCCCAUGUUAACCACACCACCCUCAUCCUUAUUUGUUUGGAGAUCCUUGCAUACUCAGACCACCGCAUGGAAUCUGCCAGCCACGCGUUAACACAAGGGAAGGUAAAAGAUGCACGUGCAUGGAUGAGUGCCGCUCUUGCCUACCAAAAAGGAAGUUGGGGCGCCCUCAAGCGCAUCAAUGACACCAUGUCUAUCGCCCACGUGAUGACGUCUCUGGACGAGUUGACUCGUCUCAGCAGCAAUGCGUUGAGCAUGAUGGUGGCCUAUGAUAAUAACGGGGAGGACACUCUAUCAUGGACCCCUCCCAAAACGGAACGGGACGGGUUUUACGAGGACCGACCGGGUCAGAAAUCGGAGUUGAGAUUUGAAGGGGGGGUUCCCACGAACUUGAAGGUGGACAUAACGGUGUGUAAAGAUCAUAUAGAGUGUUACAAGACGGUGCAAGCGGCCGUAGACGCUGCGCCGGAAAACGCAGCGAGUCAUUUUGUGAUUAAAAUAAGGAGCGGAGUGUACCGUGAAACAGUGAGGAUUGCGAUUGAGAAGAAGAAUUUGGUGUUUUGGGGGGAAGGGAUAGGUAAAACCAUUAUUACAGGUUCUUUAAAUGUGCACCAACCUGGGAUCACUACCUUUAGUUCUGCUACUGUGGGUGUUCUUGGGGAUGGUUUUAUGGCGAGAGACCUCACGGUCGAGAACACGGCAGGCUCCGAAGCCGACCAAGCGGUGGCUUUCAGAUCAGACAGUGACAUGUCCGUGAUCGAGAACUGCGAAUUCAUCGGCAAUCAAGACACCCUGUCCGCCAAUUCACUCCGACAGUUCUACAGAAACUGUAGUAUCCAAGGCAACGUGGACUUCAUCUUUGGAACCGCAGCUUCGGUGUUUCAGGAUUGCCUACUUUUGGUGGCUCCCCGAACAUCAAAUCCCGAAGAAGGUGACAACAAUGCCAUCACGGCUCAGGGCAGGACCGAUCCGGCUGAAUCAACAGGUUUCGUCUUCCAUCAUUGCGUAAUCAUUGGAACGGAAGAGUACAUGAAAAUCUACAAUAAGAAUCCUCAAGUGCACAAGAACUAUUUGGGAAGGCCAUGGAAGGAAUACUCAAGGACGGUUUUCAUAGAUUGUAAUAUCGAAAAACUUAUAAGUCCAGAAGGAUGGACGACAUGGAGCGGAGACACUGGAUUGAAGACCCUUUUCUAUGGAGAAUUUAGGAACAUCGGAGGAGGAUCCGAUUUCUCCAAGAGAGUUCCAUGGAGUACCCAAAUUCCACCACAGUUUGUACAUGCCUAUUCAGUUGAGAAUUUCAUUCAAGGAGAUCAAUGGAUUCCCAAAUCACAAUGA